GGGCCGCACGAGCGCACGACGACGGGGUGGCCCCAGACCUGAGCUGCUGCUGCUGCUCCUCCUCUGCGGGACCUAAAACUUAAAGACACGACUGACAGGAGCUGGAUGAGAGGACAUGAGAACGGAUCCCUUCUCUCACUGCGUCCACCCUGUAUCCCCGAGAGCGACCAGGUCACGCCCGGCGGAUUUGACAACAGCAUCUGUCUGCCUUCCAGCACCGGCCCUUUCCUCGUCUGUGUUCUGUAAUCGAUGUAAAUCCCAGGAACUGGCCCAGUAACGACCGCAAUGAACCAGGGCCGUGGAAAGUAUGACUUUUAUAUCGGUCUGGGGUUGGCAAUGAGCUCCAGCAUUUUCGUUGGAGGGAGUUUCAUUCUGAAGAAGAAAGGACUUCUGCGCCUGGCCAGGAAAGGGUCCGUGCGAGCAGGUCAGGGCGGCCAUGCAUACCUCAAGGAGUGGCUGUGGUGGGCCGGACUGCUGUCAAUGGGAGCAGGCGAGGUGGCCAACUUCGCCGCAUAUGCCUUUGCACCAGCCACCCUAGUGACACCCUUAGGAGCACUCAGCGUCCUGGUAAGUGCCAUCCUCUCUUCCUACUUUCUGAGUGAAAGACUGAAUCUCCACGGCAAGAGCGGGUGUUUGCUCAGUAUCCUGGGGUCCACAGUCAUGGUUAUUCAUGCUCCGAAGGAAGAGGAGAUCGAAACCUUGGAUGAAAUGUCUCGCAAGCUAGGGGAUCCAGGUUUCGUGGUGUUUGCGACGCUGGUGGUCAUCGUGGCCUUGAUCCUCAUCUUGGUGGUGGGGUCCCGCCACGGACAGAGCAACAUCCUGGUCUACAUCAACAUCUGCUCGGUGAUCGGCGCCUUCUCGGUGUCCUGCGUCAAGGGCCUGGGCAUCGGCAUCAAGGAGCUGCUGGCCGGGCACCCCGUGCUGCGCCACCCGCUGCCCUGGCUGCUGCUGGUAGGCCUGGUGGUGUGCGUCAGCACCCAGAUCAACUACCUGAACCGGGCGCUGGACAUCUUCAACACCUCCAUCGUGACCCCCAUCUACUACGUCUUCUUCACCACCGCGGUGCUCACAUGCUCGGCCAUCCUCUUCAAGGAGUGGCAGCGCAUGCCCGCCACCGACGUCAUCGGGACCCUCAGCGGCUUCCUGACCAUCUUCGUGGGCAUCUUCCUGCUGCACGCCUUCAAGGACGUCAGCCUGAGCCUCGCCAGCCUGCCCGUGUCUCUGCGCAAGGAGGAGAAGGUGGCCAACGGCGGCAGCCUGGUGGGGUCCUACGAGGCCCUUCGGGAUGAGGAAGCCAGUCUGACCUGUGGCUUGGAGCUGCACGCAGGCGAGAAUGUGUCCCGGCGGAACGGGAACCUGGCCGCUUUCUGAGUCGGCCCCCGUUUUGACCUGAGAGAUGAUCCUUUAUGGAAGGUUGCACGCAAUCAGACCAAGAG